CUUGAGAGGAUGCCACAUUCUGUUUAUCGAGACGUCCCUUCUCAUGCUAUUGUCGAUCGUCUCGACAACGACGACGACGAAGACGAAGACGAGAGUCGACGACCCGAGGCAUGUCGUCGUCGUCGUUCGUCGCCAUUCGUCUCGUCCUCCUCGUAA